AUGAAGUUGAGUGAGGGCAUAUAUGUCAAUGGUGGUUUUGGCAAAAGUGGGAAUCCUGAUGAAGAUAUAUAUGUAGAUGGGGAAACACUUCUAAAUCAAUCCUACUGUACUCUUAACAGACAGCCACGACUUCAAAACUCAGGAGGUAAACCUGUAGGGAACAGAUGUUACAGAGUGAUGGCAGUGUGUCUGGGACUGCUGUGUGUGCUCCUACUGGUUGCUGUCAUAGUGCUGGGUGUCAUCAUUUACCGACAUCACACCAGUAUGACAGAGGAGAGAGAAAAGUUUCAGACUAGUUACAGCAACCUUACCAUGGAGAAAGACCAGCUACAAACCAGUUACGACAACCUAACAUUACAGAGAGACCAGUUACAGAGCAGUUACAACAACCUGAUAUUACAGAAAGAUGAUCUACAAACGAAAUAUAAUGUUCUAAUAUCCCAGAUGGACCAGUUACAGACCAGUUAUAACAACUUGAUAUUACAGAAAGAGCAGUUACAGACCAGUUACAACAACUUGACAUUGCAGAAAGACCAGUUACAGAGCAGUUACAACAACUUGACAUUACAGAGAGACCAGUUACAGACCAGUUACAGCAACCUGGUGUUACAUAGAGAUGAUCUACAAAUGAAAUAUAAUGUUUUAAAAACCCAGAAAGACCGGUUGCAAACCAGUCUGACUAAUGAGAAACAUCAGUUGCAAAAGGAGAAAGAUGACCUGAAUAAAGCACUGGGUGUCCUAGGAUGGAAGUACUUCAGCUCCAGUCUGUACUACAUCUCUACUGACACAAAGACCUGGAGAGAGAGCAGACAGGACUGCAGAGAGAGAGGAGCAGACCUGGUGAUCAUAAACAGUAAAGAGGAACAGGAGUUUGCCUUUAACCCGAGAAAUAAUGAGCAGUCUUGGAUUGGCCUGACUGAUGAAGAAACCGAGGAUGUUUGGAAAUGGGUGGACGGCACAGCACUGACCACUGGGUACUGGCUUAAGGGUCAGCCUGACAGUCAAAUAGGAGAUCAAGACUGUGUUGCUAUUGACCAUGAAUCUGAUCCUUUGGAGAGCUGGAGAGACCAAGGAUGCCGGUGGAAGACCUACUACAUCUGUGAGAGGACAAUGGAGUCAUAA